UGUUAUAACGACGCCACGUACUAUUCGUUUUCAAAAAAACAUUGCUCAUUUCUGUUAGUUUUUCUUACUUUUUCUUGUAAUAAUCAAUGUGCUAAUAGUAUUUCGCUACGGGAGUAUAUUUUUGUCGACAAAAUGGGAAAAACAACUCCUAUACACAGUGAGGCAAGAAAAAUUAUACUGAAAGUGUUAUCUUUCUUUGAAGCGGAGAAGGCGAAGAAACAAUUACUCAUUCCCGUGGAUCAAGUGAUAACUCGGACUUGUGCGGUAACUGGGGUGUCCAAGAAAACUCUUAUGAGGAUAAAAAAAGAAGCGAGGGAAAACGCGUUGUCGCCAGAUGAUGAUGACGCGAGUACUUCUGCUCCACCAGAAGCGGAAGUACCACCACCAGAAACAUCUGCACCGAAAAAGCCCAGACGCAAUACUGGGCGUAAAAAACGAGUCGCACUUGACCAUGUUGGUCUUCGCGUGCUGAAAAACAUUGUAGACAGUUACUACACCAAUAAGAACGAAUUACCGACGCUGAAAACAAUAUGGAUGGCUGCAAAAAAGAAAAUACAUAUUCCAGAUGGAAUAGCCGCUUUGCGCUAUGUGUUAGACCUCCAAUUGGGGUACAUAUUUGUAACGUGGGAGGAUGGAAGACAGGUAUUGGUACACAAAAGUGAUAUUCCCGCCAUGCGACAGAAGUUUGCAUCUUUUGGAAACAUGCAAAAUAUACUGGCACCGUCUGAACCCUUACAAAAUCAACUUGUACCACCUGAACGCAUGCAAGAUCAACUUGCACUAUAUGAAUGCAUGCAAGACACGCCUGCAAUUUCUGGAUGCAUGCAAAUAAACGAAGAUAGGACUUUUGAUUGCGUUAAAGAGAUAACGGAGGACUACCAAAGGCAGCUUGCAACAAUAGAAAUGCUAAGAGUGAAAAGUAAAAUGGCGACAGAUCCAAUACAAAUUAAACAAGAUAAUGACUCAGAAUGCCUUAAUAUAAAAGAGGAGUACGUUUUUGAAAUUGACGAGUAGUAGAAAAUGGAAGAAAGGCCUUCGAGAUUUGUAAUUAAUUAAGGGUAAUUAUAAUAUUGUUAUAUUAUAAUUAUAAUAAUAAUAAAGGCAGCAAAUUGAAUUAAGGACGACGAUAAAAGUAACACAGUGGUCUAAUUCCAGUAUGGUCUGUAUGUAUACACUUUGGUACCAUGUCACGUUAACUUUUUUGACAAAUUGAACUGUAAGUCGCACUAAUUGUCAAACAUGUUAGUGCGACAGAGUCCUAAAGUGGGUACAUUAUACUAAUAGGCAAGUUUCCAAUUAGUGAAAUCAGUUAUUUUUUACUAAAUGUCAUAACACGAAUUUACUAUGGAAUUUGUAUGAAAGCAAUCUGUGACGUCAUUGACAAAUGUGAUGAAAUGUCGCACUUAUUAAUACAUUUUUCAUUAAUAAAAUUCAUAAAUAAGUUGAAGGAAUAGAAAAACAAAACUUUGUUGUCACCUUUAGAUCUGUCUUUAUUUAGUAACCAUAAUUUCAAUUUAACUUUGACCUAGGAAACCACCUAAUUAUAUUCACACACUAACACUUCCUAAUUUUAUUUCAAGUUAUACCUGUCAUUUUCUUAUCCGCCGAAAAGGAAAGGGACGGGUAAUCGACAUGCAUAAAAUUUAUGGAACACAUAAUUGAAUUUUAGCCAGAAGUUUAAAAAACCCUUUCAAAAUGUUAUAUUAGCCAAUAACCCGACAGUAUUAUUAGUUGACAGCACACAGAUUUGAUUCGCCCGGGUUAUACAUUCAUUUUAAAAUUAACAGUUAUCAAUCAUCCGUCUCUUAACUUGAAACAAAACUAGGAAGUGUCUGCAGGAAUCGGGGCCAAGGUCAGUGAUUAAACUACCUUACUUAAUUAUAAUAAAAUUUAAUCUAAAACCAUGUUGUAUUCUUCAACUUACUAUAAAAAUUAUAAAACCCUGCACUUGUCUGUUUAAGUUUUUUUUCAUUAUUUAUUUAUUUAUUAAAUCUUAAUACUAAAAAUACAAUUUGUCAAUGCCCUGCAAACUGUUUAAACAGUUUGUUUAGAUAUAAGUUUAUAUUAUGUAAGUAUAUGUGAUAUAGAAUUAAAUGGGAUAUUUUAUUAGAAAAAUAAAUUUCAAGCUGGAAAA